ACAUGCCAACUGAUUAGCCUAAAUACAGAUGAGAAAAACUAGUACAUUAUGAUCCUAUUCUCAGAUUUUUUCGCAGAAUUCAAAAAGAGUGAAAUCAAGAUGUCAAUCGGGGGCAAGUACGUUCGUAUCCGAUCUACUGACGGCCGAGAGAAUUUCAGUUCCGACGAAGAUGUAGUUGAGACGUUGAACGUUGGAAAGUUUGUUCGCGCUCCAUUCGAUGUCGUAUCGGAGCAAGAGAACGACGAUGGCAUAUCCGACCCCAACCGAGAAAACGAAAUAUUGAGGCGACAGGUGACUGAACUUCAAAAGACAAUUGAAGUGUUGUCAUCUCGUAACCAGAGACAGCCUGAGCAGAGCCGUAAAAAUGAUGACAUCGAUGAAAGUUGGAGCUGCCCCAGAGAAGUGUCAUCAACAUCGAUGGGGGCAGGAAAUACUAUCAGAUGGGACCAGAUGAAGCCAUUCCCAAAAGGCAUUCCCGCAAAUAAAAUGUGGGAGGAAUGGACAAAGUACAUUGAGAACUUUGAGAUAGCCGCCUCCCUCUCAAAUGCAUAUGAUCCUGUACGUCGUUCGCAGUUGUUAUUCUUUCCAUGGACGGAGAGCUACAGAGCAUCGUUCGCGCAGCAAGGUUGAGACCCAACUUGAAAGACGAGAAUUGCUAUGCAAUUUUUACUGGCAACAUAGAAGGUCAUCUUCGAUCUAUGACAGACACUGCGGCUGAACACCAAGCGUUUUCAUGUAUGCAACAGGAAAGAGAAGAAUCCAUAGUCAACUUCCAUGCCAGGUUGAUGGAAAAAGUACGUCUUUGCCACUACAGUGCCAAUGAUCAGGAACGGUUUGUCCGAGCACAAUUGCUCAAGGGCAUGUCUAACAGAGAGCUUGCAAGAACCGCGAGAACGUUCGGCCAUGAAACAAAUUUUAUUGUUCAGUCUGCCACCAGAGACGAGGCAUUUCAGAUGGAGGAAGCUCGGAACAAGACCACACAGGACGUGAUGAUAAAUCAAGUUCGCAGACAACUACCCAGUGCACCAUUUAAGCGGCGUGGUGGACAGGAUUCAAGUUUUGGUCAUCGCAACAAGCAACAACGUUUGAAUAUAAGUUAUCCUAACAGUCGUCGUGAUCGCUGUUCCCGAUGCAAUCGAUGGGCCCAUUGGAACCGACCAUGUCCAGCAUUGAAGCUGAAAUGCAAUACUUGUGGUUCUACUGGCCACUUUGCGGCCGCCUGUCGACAGAAUCGUAUCAAUAUCAUUCAAGACAAUCCGGAACAACAGGAAGUUACAGUUGAAACAAAAUUGGAAGAGCUGAAUGCGCUUUCCCUUGAAGACGUGCUCAUAGAUUGUCGUUUGGGUUCAACUGUUAUCAAGUUCCUCGUCGAUUCGGGAGCGGACGUUAACGUCAUCGGAGGGGCCGAUUGGAGUAACCUGAGAAAAGACUAUGAUGCAGGACUAACGAAGUUGACGCCAACUAUAAUUGAAAAGGGAAGAGGAUUGCAAGCCUACGCUACCAGUGUUCCUAUGAUUAUCGAUUUUUCUUUCCGAGCGGAAAUAGAAUCAGCAGCAAGUUCAAUCACAGCUGACUUUAUGGUGGUACAAAAAGGGAAACGGUCGCUCUUGGGAAGGUCAACAGCAAGUGACCUUAAGCUCUUAUUCAUUGGCUCACAAAUCAACGACUGUCGAGAGACUCAAGUUGACAUUUUUCCCAAAAUGCCAGGCGUCAGUGUUAAGUUUAGUGUCGACACUUCUGUCCCACCUACUAAGAAUGCAUAUUACAACAUUCCGGCUGCCUAUCGCGAAGGAGCUCGUCAUCGCCUGCAAGAAAUGCAAGAUAGCGGAAUAAUCGAAAGGGUAACAACAGCUCCUGGCUGGAUUAGUGGAAUGUCAGCCGUACCAAAGGGUAAGGAUGACUUCAGGCUAGUCGUUAACAUGCGAGCGCCAAAUCGAGCCAUCAUGCGUGAAUACUUUCGCCUCCCAUUACUGGACGAGAUGAAAGUCAAAUUGCAUGGUGCAAAAUACUUUUCAAAACUCGAUUUGAAAAGUGCAUAUUACCAUCUGGAGUUGUGCCCUGAAUCAAGAGACUUGACAACAUUCUUAACGGAGAGUGGCAUGUUCAGAUUUACCCGUCUGAUGUUUGGGGUAAACUGCGCCCCAGAGAUUUUUCAGCGCGAGAUGACACGCAUUCUGGAGCAUGUAGACAACAAGAUAGUUUAUAUCGACGACGUCUUGCUUUUCGCGGACACUUUGGACGAACUACACGAAACUGUUACCGAAGUACACCGAAUCUUCAAAGAGAAUAACUUGACUCUGAAUAGUGCCAAAUGCGAGUAUGACAAAACAAGAAUAACUUUCCUGGGACAUGAACUAGACCAAAACGGAUUCCAUAUAGAAGAGGCCAAAAUUGCAGCUAUACAAAAGUUUCGACGUCCUGCAACAGCAUCGGAGUUGCGAAGUUUUCUUGGGCUAGCUUCGUUUGUUAGUCCCUACAUCUGCAACUUCGCAAAGAUCUCUAAUCCUCUCUGGACGGCCGCUGGAGCAAAAUCUUGGCAAUGGGGAGAUGAACAAGAAAAGUCUUUCAACGAACUGAAAUCACAAAUAAUACAGUGCACCGUGUCGCUGGGUUAUUUUUCGGAUAAAGAACGAACAGUCCUUUACACUGAUGCAUCCCCACAUGCAUUGGGGGCUGUACUUGUUCAGGAGUGUGAAGACAGAAAUCCUCGAAUAAUUAGUUUUGCCUCUAAGUCGCUGACAUCAACGGAAAAGAACUAUGCUCAGAAUCAAAGAGAAGCUCUGGCUGCUGUCUGGGCAGUAGAACACUUCUCAUACUUUUUGCUUGGCAGGCAAUUCGUUCUACGUACAGAUGCGAGUGGCAUUACGUUCAUUUUUGAUCGGACACGUGAAAAUACCAAAAGGGCUCUUACUCGAGCAGAUGGAUGGGCAUUAAGGCUAAGCCCUUACAGGUAUACGUUAGAGUAUGUCAAAGGCCGGGAUAAUAUCGCAGAUCCGUCAUCACGCUUAUAUCAUGGCAACGAUGAGCCCUUUAACGAAGAAUCGAGCCCCUGGGAAAUCGCAAGCCUUGAAGCGAAUGCUAUUAGCUUUGUUACUGAAAACGAGAUUAGGGAAUUCACAGUGAAGGAUGAAACAUUACAACAGGUUAUUGCAUCACUGAAUUCGGGAAAAUGGACAAACGCGCUUAGCAGAUUCCACGCGGUUUCGAAUGAUCUCCUUGUUCAAAAUGGGAUACUAACGAAACUUGGUUGUGCAGUCAUCCCUGAACAGUUGCGUCAGAAAACGUUGGAUGUUGCACAUUCCGGUCAUCCAUUGUCAGCCAAACUGAAAAGCAUUCUUCGAGAACGUGUAUGGUGGCCCGGCAUGUCACAAGAUGCAGAAAAAUGGGUCGAAUCUUGUAAGACAUGCGCUGUGAAUGGAAAACCAGAGAAGCAUACUCCGAUGCAACGGGUUUUCGCUCCAAAAACGGCUUGGGAAACGGUAGCUAUCGAUUUUAACGGUCCAUACGCGAAAUAUGGGGGAAUCUCCAUACUGGUAAUCAUCGACUACAGAUCUAGAUACGCAUAUGCCAGGCCAGUUAAAUCCACUAGCUUUGAGUGUACAAGAAAGGUACUGGAUGAUGUUUUCGAUAAGGAAGGUUUCCCCAAAGCUAUCAAAUCCGACAAUGGUCCGCCGUUCAAUGGGGAAGAAUAUAAAACCUACUGUGCACAACGAGGUAUUCAAUUAAUAUUUUCUACUCCGUUUUUUCCACAACAAAACGGAUUGGUGGAAAAUUUCAUGAAGAUCAUUAACAAAGCCAUGUGUGCUGCAUCAACCGGAAGCAACACCUACAACGAAGAAGUGCAGGCAGCUGUCCAAGCACAUAACUCUGCUGCCCAUACCAUUACGAAGAUGCCACCGGAGGAAGUCAUGUACGGUAGAAAGAUUCAGCGACUAUUACCGUUGCUGAACCGAGGAAAGGCCAAUGUUGACGAGAAUUUACUAAACACUAGGGAUCACAAAGCUAAAACAUAUUCCAAGGAACAUGCUGACGCUCGGCGUGGCGCAAAACCUAGCAAGGUUCGCAUAGGAGAUAACGUCAUUCUUGAACGAAACAUUAAAGCCAAAGGAGAAUCUAGAUUCGAUCCGAAACGUUACACUGUAGUAGAAGAGAAUAACGGAAGCUUGAUUUUGCGCGAUGAUGGUGGAGUAGUAGUUCGACGACAUAUCACACAGGCUAGGAAAGUGAACAUUUGGCGAAAAUCUGGACGUGAAGCUGCCGAGAAAAUAAUCAGGACCGACAAAGGAACAACCAAGACGAAAGACACCGAAGAGUAUAAGACAUCGACUCGACCUUCACACGAUCAGGAGCAUCUGUUUGCAGGGGUGAACGUAUUGAUGGGAAUAUUCCGCAAAAACAUGGGUCAUCCAGCUCUAGCACAGCACAAAAUCAGCUUUACUUCGGAUUAA